GCCUCAUUAGUCUUCGAGUCAAAUUUAUUCUCAGAAAUCUUAAGUAUAAUGCUUUAAUUGAUGUUUGACUAAAUAAUUUUGAUAUGAACUUACUCAUUAUUAUGUAAAUCAUCCUCCUCUCUCCCUUGUUCUAUAGCUCAUUCAUCAACGACAACGAGUGCAAAUGGGUACGAUACUCUCCCACAACAUUUUUGUUUCUUGCUACUUCUACAAUUUUGUUUUAUGAAUUUCAUUUUAGUAAUUUUUCCCAGUGUUCAAGAAGACGCGAUUAAUCUCUUGCCUAGGUGCAAUUAAUAGCUGGUCAGGAGGAAAUCGCACCGUCUAGCCCUGGGCGAUUGAUCUAGGCAUGCUAAAUGAUUAAUCUCCAUGGAAAACGGCUAAUUGGUGUCUAGGCACUCGGGCGCGUUUUCACUCUGGUGGGCGACGCCGAGAACAACUAAUAAAGGGGGAAAGUGUAGCCUUUUUGUGAAAAUCUCAAACCCUAUUCUAUUUCACAUUUCCAUUCGACCAGCUGCUCCCCCUCAUCGACCAGCAGCGAGAUCCCUCCUCAUGGUUGGUGACUUGGAAUGUUUGGAAUUGUGGAAAAAGGUUGAAUGUGUAUAUGAAUGGAUGAAUAAUGAUAUGGCGACUUGGGGUUUUUGUGGAAUAUGGCUUAUCUAUCAUAUUUUUUUCAACGUUUAAUCUCGCCUAGGUAACGACUAUUCGACCUGGGUGCUGGGCGGUGCCUCCUCGCCUAGUUAGCGCCUAACAUCUUCUUAAACAUUGAUUUUUUCAUACAACACAUUUGCAGAAUUAUCUUCCACUCGAACUAGUCAAUAGUCAUACCUAGUAUAUAAUAAAUUAAUAAUACUAAUAACAAUAAGAAUAAUAAUAUUAUAAAAAAGCAAUAAGAAUAAUAAUAAAGUAGAGAAGUUAAUUGGGGUUGAUUUCUUUGGUGUCAUCACUUCUCUCUCUGGUAUUCCCCUCCUGCCUUCUUUCUUCCUUGGCCUUAUUCGUAUUUUCUCCUUUUUGUCCAAUUAAGCUUCCGUUUCCCGUUCCGUCUUCCCCAGAUUAUCAUUUCAUCAGCAAUCAUUUCAUGUUUUGGGUUUCAUUUCUUUGGUUGCCUGGCUUCUUUUCGGUUUCUAAAUUCUAACUAUCUACCUGUCUGCUUCACCAUUUCUAGCAGAGUCCCCCUUUUUCUGCAAGGAAGAAGUUCCCCAAAUUUCCCAUCUCUCUCUCUCUGCACAAUCGGAAAAAGAGCUGACAUUUUUCAGUUAUUCCCACCAAGCUUUGAGAUCUAAUACAUCUUUUGCUCUGCUUCUACUGAUUCUAUUGCUCCUGCUGCUUCCGCUUCCGCUGCCGCCUGCCGCCGCCAAUGGUGUCCGGUAAGUUGCUCUUCCUUCUUCUCCUCCUCCUCCUGCUGCUUCUGUACAUUAGUAUGGCAAAAUUCAUCUCGAUCGUCAUAGCUCUAGCUUCUUUUUUGGGUGGGCUAUGUAUAUUUAUAUUAUUUUCCUCUCAGCAGAAGCUUUCCCUACUUUGAGAAUUCCAGUCUCUUGCUUGUCAAACUUAAUUUCUGUCGUCCCUUAUACUGGGUCUCCCCUGUUUCCAUUGGCAUAACCCUAAUUGGAUAUCCCCCCUGGGUAUUUGGCUGUUUUUUGGGUUCUCUCUAUCUUUCUAUCCCUUCCCAAUUGAAUUCCCCUCGAUUAAGAUUGCUUACUAGCUACUCCCCUUCAUUUCCUUUCCUUACCAUAAUUGUUGUUGACCAAUUCAGCUCUAUUGCCGCUUAAAGUAAAGUAAAACACUUUCCUUUUCUGCAUACAAUCCUAUUCUCAGUAGCCAUGGUUGAUCCCCGUAUCUCCUCGAUACAUGCUAAUCUUCUCUCCCUUGAUUCUUCUUAUCUGCCCAGCUGCUUCAUGAUCAGUCUAAGUUGGAUGAAUCCCCUAGUCUGAUGCUCCACUAGGUCCCUUCACCUGCAUCUCAGUCUCAAACUAGCAAAAUUUGUGUUUAUUCAGUGUAAGAGUUGAGGUGGAAUUUGUUUCCAGUUACAACAUUUGCACGAACCCUUCGUGUAUGCUACGUCUGUGGAUACUUUUUGAUGAAGGUGAUGUUAAUUUUUAUUAAUAAAAGAACCAACCUAACAAGAGAUAAUAAUCCAUAGCUAAAAGGAAGAACAGGGGAAAACCGAAAGCAGAGACCAAAGUUUCAGGAGCCGUUGUUAUCUGCAAUUGUGGUGUACGUGCUUGUAUGCACUCUCUCCAUAUAAUUUUAGAUGCUACUUGUUUGUCUCUUCUCGCCUAGGCUUAAAAAUCUGGGUUGUGACUUGUGAAUGCUAUGAAGCAUUUAAGGCUGAAAAUUAGCUUGAGGGAUAGACAUGAUCGCAUAAUCUUUGUUAGUUAACGAGACUGAGAUGAUUUCCUGUUUAGGUUGCUCAGUUGAUGUGGAUGUUGUGCAUCCAAUCUGAAGGCUUUAUUUCAAAAUAAUGGAACUUGUAUGCUAAUUGGAAGUCCUCAUGUGCUAUGGAUAUAGACAUAUAUCAAUAUACAAUCUUCUCAUGCUCUUGUAAAAUCUAGGUGAUGGCAUCCUUCUCCGCCAGUUCCUUUUAAAGUAGAAUUGGCCGCCAUUGAUGCCGCUUGGUGAAAAAAACAAAAAAUUCGGAGGGAAAGAUGGACGAAGAAAAGAUCUAUUAUGAUACAUAAAUGCAUUCUCUAAGUGUCUUGACCCGCCAAAUAUCAAUUAGAGUAGUGAUUCCUCUUCGUAGCUUCAUGGGUGGGUGUUCUCUGAACUACACCAUAUAUAAAGUUGGAUGCUAGGUCAUGAAAAAUUUCCCAACUUUUGCUUUCUGCUUCUAAUCAAAUAUCUUGAAUCUGGUUGCAGGUGACUUAUGUGUUUUCGAGCCUAACUGUUGAUCCAAGUCAAGGUUUGGUUCCUAAAAACACACUAGUUCAUGGUCAUAUAGAGUGAGGUGUUUUUGUGCAAUGGACCCCGUCAAUGGUGGGAACAAUAUGAACAACCAGAGCCUUGCCUCUAAGCAGCGACUGCGCUGGACUCAUGAACUUCAUGAGCGUUUUGUUGAUGCUGUAGCACAACUUGGUGGGCCAGAUAGGGCUACUCCAAAAGGUGUUCUCAGGGUCAUGGGUGUACAGGGAUUAACUAUAUAUCAUGUCAAAAGUCAUUUACAGAAAUAUCGUCUUGCCAAGUUCCUUCCAGACUCCUCUUCUGAUGGUGACAAGAAAGAAGCCGGCGAGAUGCUUUCCAAUUUAGAUGGCUCAUCUGGAAUGCAAAUCACAGAAGCUCUCAAGCUGCAGAUGGAGGUCCAAAAGCGACUGCAUGAACAACUCGAGGUGCAGCGGCAGCUGCAGUUACGUAUCGAGGCACAAGGAAAGUACUUGAAAAAGAUAAUAGAAGAGCAGCAAAAGCUGAGUGGAGUACUUGCAGAGGGACAACCACCUGGCUCUGGGGGGAUUCUCCCACCAGCUGACUUAGAAUCCGACAAGACCGUUCCUACAACCCCUGUCCCAAGUGAGACCCCCCUCCAGGACAAGGCUACAAAUGGCAAGAUCUUUGCGAUCAAUGAACCCCUCCGACAACAGCAUCACCACCAGGAGCCAAUGACCCCUGAUUCCCGUGAUGACAUGGGCUCUCCGGAUGAUGAUAGUCCUACAGCUGAAAGGUCGUUGAAGAAGCAGCGUCUAGGCAUGGGGCCAGGACAGUUUGGUAAUGAACCGGAUAUGCCUUUCCCUCACCAGAUACUGGAGUCUAGCUUGAACUCUCUAGCUCAGUCCCAGGCUCACCCUGUGUUUGCUACCAGUCGAGAGGCAUUUGAUCCUUCAAAUGGGCUAUCGAUUGGGAUGGACAGUCAAAUGCAGAAGAUUUCAGGAGGGGAUCUCUAGCCCUUGGAUGGUGGUUUCAGAAUUAUUUGAAUUGGGGUCAUUUUACUAUCAUCAUCAUGUAUCUUUUAUGUAAUUUGGGGAAGAAAAAACAUGGUUAAUCAGGCUAGAUAAUGGAAGAUUAAUGUUAGACAAGACAGACAAACCGGUAGGUUUUAAGGAAAAAGCAGCAGGCUGUUUAUUAUAUUGGUUUUUUCUUAAUCUUUUUCUCUUUUCUUCUAAAAUGCAGUAGAUGCAUGUCUUGUUUAAUUCAGUGAGAAGUAUUUAUGAAGCUCGCUAGUUUAUUGUGGACUAAACUGUUAAUCAAUAAUGCCUUGAUAC